CUCUCUCUCUCUCUCUCUCUCUCUCUCUCUCUCUCUCUCUCUCUCUCCAUUAAUUAGCAUUUCUUUUGCAAGGCUAUAUCCUACUCAAUGAGCAAAGAAAUGACAGAGGUGAACCUUAUUACUCAGUUUUCUUCUAAGACGAUUUGGUAAUUACAUUAGAACAUCUGGGUCAAGAAAUAAGUGAGGGAAAUAUCAGAAACAUACAUUUACAGUGAUAUCUGUAUCAUGGUUUCUGUUGUUAAUGUAUGGGAUAUUUCAGGAUGCAUUGACCUAUGAUGAUGUACAUGUGAACUUCACUCGAGAAGAAUGGGCUUUGCUGGAUCCUUCACAGAAGAGUCUCUACAAAGAUGUGAUGCAGGAGACCUACAGGAACCUCACUGCUAUAGGUUACAAUUGGGAAGACCAUAGUAUUGAAGAACAUUGUCAAAGUUUCAGAAGACAUGGAAGACAUAAAAACACACAUACUGGAGAGAAACUCUAUGAAUGUAAGCCAUGUGAUAAAGCCUUUACAUACGAUUCUCAGCUUCAAACUCUUGAAAGGAUUCAUAGUGGAGAAAAACCCUACAAAUAUAAUCAAUGUGGUAAAGCCUUUGAACGUCGUUGUAAUCUUGGAAGGUAUAAACUAAUACAUACUGGAAGAAAAUCCUACAAAUGCAAUCAGUGUGGUAAAGCCUUUUCACAAAACAGUCAUCUCCAAACACAUAAAAGCACACAUACUAGAGAGGAACUCUAUAAAUGUAAGCAAUGUGGUAAAGCCUUUACAUGCCAUAAUGAACUUCAAAGUCAUAAAAGGAUUCAUACUGGAGAGAAAUCCUACGAAUGCAAUCAGUGUGGUAAAGCCUUUAAAUCUCAUAGGUAUCUCCAAGUACAUAAAGCAAUACAUACUGGAGAGAAGCCCUAUGUAUGUGAUCAAUGUGGUAAAGCCUUUGCACGACUCAGUCAUCUCAAAACGCAUGGAAUAACACAUAGUGGAGAGAAACCUUGUAAGUGUGAUCAAUGUGGUAAAGCCUUUGCAUCUCAUAGUUAUCUCCAAGUACAUAAAAGAAUACAUACUGGAGAGAAGCCCUAUGUAUGUGAUCGGUGUGGUAAAGCCUUUGCAUCUCAUAGUUAUCUCCAAGUACAUAAAAGAAUACAUACUGGAGAGAAGCCCUAUGUAUGUGAUUGGUGUGGUAAACCCUUUGCAUCUCAUAGUUAUCUCCAAGUACAUAAAAGAAUACAUACUGGAGAGAAGCCCUAUGUAUGUGAUCGGUGUGAUAAAGCCUUUGCAUAUCAUAGUUAUCUCCAAGUACAUAAAAGAAUACAUACUGGAGAGAAGCUCUAUGAAUGUGAUCAAUGUGGUAAAGCCUUUGCAUAUCAUAGUUAUCUCCAAGUACAUAAAAAAAUACAUACUGGAGAGAAGCCCUAUGUAUGUGAUCAAUGUGGUAAAGACUUUGUAGUUCAGAGUGAUCUUAAAAGACAUAAAAGAACACAUACUGGAGAGAAACCUUACAAAUGUAAUGAAUGUGGUAAGGCCUUUGUAGGUCAGAAUGAUCUUAAAAAACAUAAAAGAAAACAUACUGGAGAGAAACCUUACAAAUGUAAUGAAUGUGGUAAAGCCUUUGUAUGGAAUGGUAGUCUCCGAACACAUAAAAUUAUGCAUACUGGCGAGAAACAUUAUGAAUGUAAUGAAUGUGGUAAAGCCUUUGUAGGUCAGAAUAGCCUUAAAAGGCAUGAAAGAAUUCAUACUGGAGAGAAACCUUAUGAAUGUAAUGAAUGUGGUAAAGCCUUUGUAGGUCAGAGUAACCUUAAAAGGCAUGAAAGAAUUCAUAGUGGAGAGAAACCUUACGAAUGUAAUGAAUGUGGUAAAGGCUUUGUAUGUAACGAUAGACUCCAAACACAUAAAGCAAUACAUACUGGAGUGAAACCUUAUGAAUGUAAGCAAUGUGGUAAAGCCUUUGUAGGUCAGAAUGACCUUAAAAGGCAUGAAAGAAUUCAUACUGGAGAGAAACCUUACAAAUGUAAUGAAUGUGGUAAAGCCUUUGUAUGUAAUGCUAGUCUCCGAAAACAUAAAGCAACACAUACUAGAGUGAAACCUUAUGAUUGUAAGCAAUUUAGUAAGUUCUUUGCCUCUCAUGAUCAACUUUGACAACAUGAAAGAAUUGAUACUGGAGAGAAACCUUACAAAUGUAGUCAAUGUGGUAAAACCUUUUCACAAUCAAGCCACCUCCAACUACAUAAAAGAACACAUACAUACAAAAGAGUAACCCUAUGAGUGUAGCCAAUGUAGUAAAGCUGUGAUCUUCAAAGGUAUGGUGGUUUAAAUAUACUUGGUCCAUGGCAAGUGGCAGUGUUAGGAGGUAUGGCCUUUUUGGAGUAGAUGUGGCCUUUGAGGAUGUAUGUCACUGUGGGGGUGGGGUGGGCUUUGAGUCCCCAUGCUUAAACUCUGCCCAGGGCAGAAGAGUCUUCUGGCUGCCUUCUGAUCAAGAUGUAGAACUCUCUCCUCCAGCACCAUGUCUGCUUGGACACUGACAUUCCUUCCACCUUGAUAAUAGACUGAACCUCUGAAUCUGUAUACCUCCCCUCCCCCCAAUUAAAUGUCCUUUAUAAGAGUUGCCUUGGUCAUGGUAUCUUUUCACAGCAUUAAAACCCAAAUUAACACAAACAGCAUAAAAGAUAC